CGUUGCACAGUCGAACCGUACGCACCGACAAUCACCUACCUGUCGACGAACAGGUGUAAGGAGCCGAGCACCGAACAGACAGCUCAACAUCGUAUAGACUCCCCCCUGCGAAACGAGAUGCCUUUGGAACGUGGCCGUGUACAGGUAGCGGUGUUGAUAAUUGCCGUCGUCAUCGUGUGCAUGCUACAAUCGACCGUAGCUCAGUAUCAAAACCAAUGUCGAACGCCCGAUCAGCGCGGCGGAAUCUGCGUAACCGUGAGCCAGUGUCCGCGGAUCCUGGGGCUGCUAAAUCAACCACUCCUGACGUCGAACGUAGUGCGUUUCCUGGAAGCUAGCCGGUGUGGAAUUCUCGAAAAGAAAAUACUCGUUUGCUGUGAAGCUCCGGAAAAUACGAUUCCGGCCAACGCACAACCACCCGUUCAAACACGACCACCAGCCACUACAAAUGCCCCGUUCGUGCAAACGCGACUGCCAGCCACAACAACGUUCCAGCAAACGCAACGGCCCGUACAAACGCAACCACCCUUCCAGCAGCAACCGCAACGACCAGCCAUUGGCCAGACUACGGUCGGCAGUCGAUUGUCGUACGAGGAUCGAUUGCGGCUACUGCCGGCCGAUUGUGGCAUCCAGUAUUCGGAUCGCAUCAUUGGCGGGGAACGGGCCCAAAUCGACGAGUAUCCAUGGAUCGCUCUGAUUCAGCAUCGCCGCAAGAAUGGUGACCUGAAGUUUCACUGCGGUGGAACACUGAUCAAUCAACGUUACGUAGUGACGGCGGCCCAUUGCAUCAAUAGUGUCAAAACGACCUGGACUCUAACGAACGUCCGGCUAGGUGAGUGGGAUCUCGAAUCGACCACCGACUGCAGCACAUCGUACGGCGAACAGCUGUGCGCCGAUCCUGUUCAGGACAUACCGAUCGAGAAAGCGAUCGUACAUCCCAGCUACACCGUCACGCGGAUGUUGGUGAAGAAUGAUAUUGCGCUGUUGCGACUGAUGCGCCUUGCACAGUUUAACGAUUACGUGCAGCCGAUCUGUUUGCCGCUGGCGCCGGCAGAGCGAUCGAUUUCGUACGAUGGUAAACGGUUCGUCGUUGCCGGUUGGGGUCAAACAGAGGAUGCACCGCAAAGUCGCUACAAACUGUUCGUUGGAGUGUCGGGCGUUCCGGAGCAAGCUUGCCGGGCGCAGUACCCGGAAGCUAACAUCGAUCAGACGCAGGUGUGCGCGGGCGGUACGUUGAACAAAGAUUCCUGCCGUGGUGAUUCCGGUGGUCCGCUCAUGUACGUCGGGCAGAGCAAUGGGCAGGGCGUGCUGUUUCUGGGCGGCGUGGUCAGCUUCGGUAAACGGUGCGGGCUCGAGGGAGUGCCAGGUGUGUACACAAGAGUGAAUCAGUACAUCGAAUGGAUCGUUAGCAAUCUGGAACCGUAGGAAUCUGACGAAUCCCGAUGAAGUAUGCAUUUAAUUAAACAAGGUACAAAAAAAGUAGUGACAAUAUACGCUACUGAGUCCCGCUAAAGCAUUUCACAAAUUACUGAGCCGACAACGGCUCCAGCUUGCUCUCGAUCCAAUCCACGUAUUGCCCGACUCGCGUGUACACCGAAACACCGUCAAAGUUUGCACAAUUCGACAGCGAGCUAAGCACACCAACCACCUCAUACACCUGCCGUCUCGGAUCGCGUACGGUCCCCGUUCGCAUCCCCGCCAAACCACCGCCAGCAUCGCCGAUCGUUUGCCCGUCGGAAACGGCACACACAAAGUUGUACGACGUUCCCGCAACCGAUGGCACGUACCGCUGGCAGGCCGUCUGAUUCAGUGGAGAGUAAUCGUUGGCCUGCUUGUACCGACUUCCCAACGCCUCUAACGAUUUUGAUAAACAUCAACACAAGAGAACAAAGUGUCAAUAAACGAUUAUUUGCUGAUUGAACGAGCUACAGAAUCUUA